AUGUCGGCACCACUCUCCCGAGCAGCAGGCCAAUUGGCGGCCAAGAGACUCUUCUCCUCGACAGCCCGCACAAACUCUGUGCAUGCUAGCGCAUCUUCAGAGCUACGAGCUCUUUUCAAGAAGAGCACGACCGAGUCCCAGCCCACAGACUGGGGUAGAAUCUUCAAGGCGCGUGCCGGCACAUUGGUAAUUUACUCAGCUGGUAUGACCACUGUUCUGGGGUGGCCAUUGGCGGCCGCGUGGGCACUAGACGGCAGAAUGUAG